AUGGCUUCCAAUGGCCCUUUUCCAGCGAAUCUCCCAAUUCUCACUGAAGUUCCAGGAGACAGUGCUCCUGAUGCACAAAAGGCAGGAUUCAAAGAAUUAAAGAAGCAGGAUUGCAAAGCAUUGGUGAUCCUUCAUCAAUGUGUUGAUGAUACCUACUUUGAGAAGAUUGCAGUGGAAGAGAAUGAAGGUAUUGGAGAUUUCUUUGGUAGAUUACAAGUUCUUACUAAUUCAAUGAAAGGUUGUGGUGAGAAAUUCACUGAUCUAAUACUGAUUGAAAAAGUAUUAAGAUCAUUGAAUCCAAAAUUCGACCACAUUGCAGUUGCUAUUGAGGAAUCAAAGGAUUUGGAAUCCAUGAGCAUUGAUGAAUUACAAGGUUCCCUCGAAGCCCGUGAGCAAAGAUUGCAAGAAAGGAAUAAUUGUAAUACAAAGCCUAUUGAAACAGCUCUUCAAGCUCAGCAAAACCCGAAGAACUCUGGAAAUGAAUCAUCCAGAGGAAAGAGAGGCAGAUUUAAGAACUCAAGAGGAAGAGGCAACUAUAGAUCAAGAGAGCACUCAGAUCAAAAAAAUAAUGGCAACCAAAGUUCCAAUAGAGGAGGACAUAUUGGAAAUCGAGGGAGAGGAGGAAAAAAGACCUGGGACAAGAAGAAUGUAGACUGUUACAACUGUCGAAAGAAGGGAUAUCAUGCCGAUGAUUGCUGGUACAAGGAUAAAAAUCCUGUUGAUGAGGUUCAACUUGCAGAAGGAGCAAAUUCAGUUUCUGAACCUGUCCUGUUGAUGGUGACAAACAAGACAACGCCUGAUGACAAGGGUCAAUGGUACUUAGACACAGAUGAAAGGAUGAAAAGCAAAGUGAGAUUUGCAGAUGACAACACCAUGCUUGCUGAAGGAAUUGGAAAUGUCUUGAUUCAGAGGAAAGAUGGUAGAGAAACUUGCAUAAAGGAUGUACUUUAUGUUCCAGGCAUAAGCAGCAAUCUUCUAAGUCUUGGUCAGUUACUUCAAAAAGGCUUUAAGAUAAUUAUGGAGGACAUGAUGAUGUUGGUAUAUGACAAAACCAUAAAUCUAAUCAUAAAAACUCCAUUGACCAGAAAUAGAACUUUCAAAAUUGGAACACAAGCACUUGAGCAUAAAUGUCUUAGUGUUGUGAGCAACAAAGAAGAAUGGCUUUGGCAAUAUAGGCUUGGACACUUGAAUUUCAGAGAUCUUGCUCAAAUGCACAAGUUGGCACGAGGAAUUCCUCAACUACAACAACCACAGGAGAAAUGCAAAAAUUCCUUAGAAUGCAAACAGACAAAGAAGCCCUUCAAGAAGUUUAUCCCAGUAAAAUCAACUCAGAAGCUUGAAAUCAUCUAUUCCAUGUUUAUGGCCCUAUACAAGUAG